AGCCUUGACCUAAGACACUAUGUCUGGUGCAGAUGAUACAAGUCCUCUAUACAUUGGUGUUGAUGUUGGGACAAGAAGUGUCAGAGCUGCACUGUUCAACAAAGCAGGGUUGUCCAUCAAGACCAGUGUCAAACCAAUAACAAUUUGGAACCCUAAACCAAACUUCUAUGAACAAUCGUCAGAUAAUAUUUGGGCCUCGUGUUGUGCUGCUAUCAAAGAUGCCUGCCUUGGGGUGUCACCAGACAGAGUCAAGGGUAUUGGAGUGGAUGCUACAUGUUCACUGGUAGUACUAGACAAGAAUGAUCAACCCCUCUCUGUGAGUCCAACAGGAAUGAAGGAACAGAAUGUAGUUAUGUGGAUGGACCACAGGGCUCAGGAACAAGCACAGAGAAUUAAUUUGACCAAUCAUGAUGUCCUGAAAUAUGUUGGUGGUGCCAUCUCAUUAGAAAUGGAACCUCCAAAACUACUUUGGCUUAAGGAGAACAUGAAUGAAUCCUGUUGGAACAAGGCUGGAUCCUUCUUUGAGUUGCCAGAUUUCCUGACUUUCAAGGCAACUGGCUGUACAACCAGGUCACUAUGUUCCAUGGUGUGCAAGUGGAGUUACUGCAUAUCAGAGGGGGACACUUCUAAACAAGGCUGGAGUGACACCUUUUGGCAACAAAUAGGACUAGAUGACUUAGCAGAAGCUAAUUAUGCAAAAAUAGACCAAACCAUCCUGCCCCCAGGCACAGCAUGUGGAUCUGGCCUGUCUGCCAAAGCUGCUGGUGAAAUGGGGCUCAAUCCUGGCACCCCUGUGGCUACUUCCAUCAUUGAUGCACAUGCUGGUGCUAUUGGUUGUUUGGGAUGUGACAUGAGUGUUUUACAAAGCAGUGAGCCAUACACUAACAGACUCAUCCUUAUAUCUGGGACCUCCAUGUGUCAUAUGGUGGUUAAUAAGAAUCCUGUGUCAGUACCAGGGGUGUGGGGACCUUUCUACUCUGCCAUCAUACCUGGUCUGUGGGGUCAUGAGGGGGGACAGAGCGCUACAGGCAAACUGAUUGAUCAUGUUAUUGAAGGUCAUGCUGCAUAUGGUGAACUUAAAGAAUUGGCAUCUGAAAGGAAACAACAUGCCCAUGAUGUUCUCAACUCCAAGUUAGAUGAGAUGGCAUCAGAAAGUAAUGUAGAACUGGGACAGCUGACUAAGCAGCUCCAUAUAUGGCCAGAUUUCCAUGGAAACCGUUCACCCAUUGCAGACCCCACUCUUACUGGAAUGAUAAGUGGUCUCACCUUGGCUAAUGGUAUUCCUGAUCUGGCUCUGUUGUACCUAAGCUGUUUACAGGCAUUGGCUUAUGGUACCAGGCAGAUAGUGGAGGCUUUAACAGCCAAUGGUUAUAGCAUAGAUGUGGUGUGUAUGUGUGGGGGACUUCGAAAAAACAAGCUCUUUGUCAUGACACAUGCAGAUGUGCUAGGAUUGCCAAUCUUGCUGCCUGAGGAAGAGGAGUCUGUGUUGUUGGGGUCUGCUAUAUUAGGAGCGUAUGCGUCUGGGGAUUUUCCAAAUCUUCAGACAUGUAUGAAAACCAUGGGAGGAAGGGGGAAGCUGGUCCAACCUAAUGCUACUUCAACUUCGUUCCAUGAAAAAAAAUACAGAGUAUUCCUGAAGAUGCUAAAAGACCAGCUGCAGUACAGGGCAAUGAUGGAGUGA